CAAAAGCGCCGUCUUCAACUCCCAACCUGGAUUGGCACCUGGAAAUAAUGUAAUCAUUUAUUUGUAUUUUGUUUAGGUUGGCAACUUCUGAAAUAACAUGUUAUUAAACAGUACUGUUUCGAUGUAGCUGGCUAGCUCCAUAUCACGAUAAAUGGCUUGUUAAUAUUUUCGGGUUUUAUGGUCUUCAUGUUUAUACCCCACCGGUCAUUGACAUAGCCACCAUCGGUUUAUUUCCCUCCUUAAAAGUGCAUUGGCUCCAGAAUACGGCCAUAUGCCUUUAUUGCCAUGUUCAACGUAAGCGCACAAUGCUGGGACUGCCAGUGACUGACAUGUACUUUGUAACAAAUACAGAACGGAGCCGGUGGUGUACGUGACCACAGGGCGAUAACUGAUCCCUAUUAUCUCCCUCCAGACAAUCGCUAAAUUCACAUAAAUUUUAUUUACGUCUACCGUCUUUCUUUCAAGAACAUGCAGUCUACUGUUUUGUCGGCAAGAACCCCAUUGGCGUUGUAUUUAAAAAAAAACUCCUUUUAAACCGUUCAGUCUGGUGAUAUCACGUCUGCGACCGUACUGUAUAUGCUUUGUAUGGAAAAACUAAACUCUUGUUAGUUACUCAUUAUGGCUGUCCCUAUCAUUUGUUUGCUCUUGUCGUAAUUAUAUUUGGUUGAUAAAGUAAUAUUUCUUCUCUCGGGUGGGAUUAAUCUUCAUGGAGGUUAUGCAAUAUUUCGUGUUUAUGAGCUGCUAUUUCAAAAUUGGUCAUAUUUCUAUAACAAAAUUAGAAAUGUAAGAUGUUUUUCUGGUUAUGUCCUGAUUUAGAGUGCUUUCCAGUAACUGACAUACCCAGAUUAUUCAGUUGGAACAAUAAAAGUAAAACCCUUAUAUAAUCCAGUUACCAUCAUACACUGGCUCGGGGACACGGCAUAUCUCGGGCAAACCAAAACUCUUCACGGCCAAUUCAGCUAUAAUAUAUGUGUGGCAAUGUGGGGAGAGUAUAUCCGUGUCAUUCAGCUGUGGUUUAUCAGUUUGUGGGGUUCAGUCUUGUUGGCUGGAUGUGUUUAAGCAGCUGUGGGCUGUCUUGUGCAAUGAGGCACGGAAAGUGCCAGAGGAGUCCUUUGCGCUCCUCAGGGCAGCGGCGCCGUGAUUGAUGCCUGGCGCGCGAGGCGAGGCGGGGGGACGCGCACGUCUCAUUAUAAUGCGAGUUGUAAGCUCUUAAAAUUACCGUCAGGGCGAUCCGCUUUGGCUGACCACCAGCUCUCACUUUGCUGUGCCUUGCAUUCUAAUUAAAGGCUCUUAUACACGAUUUUUCUCCCAUCUAUUUAUAAAUGAUCGGGUUUUAUUUUCUUUCACGUUUGGAGCUCGUUAAUUUCUGGCGGAGAGAGCGGCGCAGACAGACGAUCUGUAAUGUCUAGGGUUUACUGCUAAAGAAGAUGGUGUUAAGCGGGGAAAGUGAUUCUUAACCCCAGGCAGUAUCUUUGCUGAACUGAAGUUAUAGAUUGUUCUAUCGCUACAAUGCAUUUGCUUACUUUACAUUUGAAUGGAUUCUUUUUGGGAGCGGGAUUAAGCGAGACGCUCUUUAAAGCCGGAUAAAAUACAUCACGCGUUUCUUUUCUAGCUCAACAAAAAUUCAGGUUUUGUUCUGGUAUUAUUUUUAUUUUGUGUGUGUUUUUUAUUGUGGUAACAGGAAAUGCAUCGGCCUAUUAAGAGGCAUGUUAUUGUUAUCAUGUUACUUGCAGGCACCCUUACGCACAACUUAUUUUAAUCUAUUUAUUUCUCUUUUUAAAUAAAACAAAUGCAAUUCAUGUACAGAUACAUUUCUAGUUCUUAUUGCUCUUGGAGUUUAGACCUUCAGUGCUUAGGAGGUAUGCAUAUAUACACCAACGGGGAUAAGGGUGCACGUCAUUCAAACUGGAGUAGGGACUAGUAUAGUACGUUACUGGUUUCUUAUAGAUACUAGAUAGUCAUCUUGUCUACAGAGCUGUAUAGGCAACUGUAGUUGAUGAGUAGAAUGGACAUUCUGUGGUUCCUUUCAGUGUCUUGUAUGCUAAUUUCUUGAAUAUAGGUUUUUCAUAUUGGUUGUCAUUGUAUGGUGGAUGAGGAGUGUUAGGAAAAUGUCAUUUUCAUGGUGCGCUCCUAAACUAUAGUAUUGUGCUGGUGGUGUUGUCUGUAUACACUGUCCAAGUCUGCUAAUUAAAUGUUUUGGUUAAAGUACAGGAAUAUAGACACACAUUUGGUUAAUUAUCAUUAUGGAGUCUUUUAUUUACACAAAUCCUGUCUCAGGUUUGCCUGUGUGGAGUUUGAAUGUCUUCUAGGUCCCAUCAUGAUUUAAUAUGUUCAUGCACAGAAAACUUUGUGCCCCGUGAACAAAACAGAAUUUAAGUAAUUUUUUCUGCAGCUUUCACACUGUUUACAAAACAACAUUCCGUAGUAACAUUUUGGCAAGAAUUCUGGAUUGUAGAAGAAUAUUUGCAUUGUAGCACAUCUGAAAAUGACAAGGUCUCAUGAGAAUAAAGUGUCUGAUGCAGACACAUGCAAUAUUUGUCAUUCUGGGUAGCUAGUGAGGCACAGCAAUUUAGCCUCAAAGAGUACAGGGCACAUGCCACAUAGGUUAGUAAUUGAUAUAAUUAUUGAAUAGAUCUGUUAAACUUUGAAGAUGCAUGUGUUGUUGCAGUCUAAGUCCUUACUUAUACUCAUAUAAAACAUCUGCGUUAACUUUAUUUGGUGAUCUGUUUAUACUAUUACUGGGCACUAUGUACAGAAAAACUGAAAUGUUCACGAUUCUCUGCAGCCCAAUCUAAGUAAAAUAAUUGUUGAUUGAUUGUAGGAUAAGUAUUAUUUAACUGUAUCUCAGUAGCAUCUGUAAAUGAGCUGAAGCUAGUUAAAGCACUUACAAAAUCUUGUAUACCUAUUACCAAGUACCUGGCACUGCAUUGACAUACUUUUAGUGUUUAUCUGCUUUGACAAUGUAAUAAAAGCAGAUCACAAACCAAAAGAUUUUCAAUUGGAUUGAGGAGACAGUGAGACGGAGCUUUUUUCAUUUAUACUGGAGCAUGUAAUACACUUUAUGUGUCAUAAAGGAUAUAAUAGAAAGCUUUUGAAAAUGUAAUAAUUGUAAGAUGUUUAAAUAUAGCAGUUUACUUGCCUGUUAUGAGUAAGGGGAUCUUAGGGCUGGGUUAGGGGUUAUCUGUCUUAAGCUCCCAUAUUCCUGGAGAUUUUAGUCCAGCUGAUGUGAACUACGCUUGACUUUGUGUAGUAUUGCUGGUACCAUAAGACCCGUCAUUCAUUAGAGUUAAUUACAGUGGUCCUCUUUGUACUUCCAUGUCAGUUAGUGACAGCUGCAUGUAAAGGCUGAUUCUGUAGGAUGAUGCCUCUUGCAGAAUUCUGCUGAAUACAUUUGCAUCACUGUGGCAUUUUUCAUUUGAUAAAAUCAUGGCAAAUGUAAACCUAACUGUACAUAAACGGUUACUCAAGCUGAUCAGGGAUUGCUAUUCCUGUAAGUCAUGUGCUUGAUAGUUGUGCUUGAUGUUGCUGCCUGGUUUGAAUUUACGCCUGAUUAUGCAUCUGGGUAUUAACUGAGGCAGUUUUUUUGUUUUACUACUGCUGUCUGUAUUUAAGAUAAUUUAAAUCAAUUUAAUGAUCAGUGGUCAUCGUUGACAACGAACGAAAUGUGUCCUCUGCAUUUAACCCAUGUGUGACUAUGUGACAUAGCAGGGGGCAACUAAUUCAGCACCCAGGGAGCAGUGCUUGGGGGCGGUACCUUGCUCAAGGUACCUCAGUGGCACCUUGCUGGUCAGAGAUUCGAACCUGCAGUCUUUUAAUUACAAGUGCGCUUCCCUAACCAUUAAGCCACCGCUGCCCACAUCCACCGCUCCCUACAUCAUAUGGAAGUAAAAAUGCAUGUUUCAUGUAUUUUCCUCCUAUUUAUGAAUUGAGGUACGAAACCACCAGUUUAAUAAAGUUGCCCAUCAGCACUUGCCAACCGCUCUUUACCAAGCAUUUGUAGAAAAAACUGAGAUUACAAACCCUGAGUAAUUAGAGUACAGGGAGAUGAUUUUUUUGGAUAUGGACUCAAUGGACAUAAAUCGACUACUGUAUGAAGAUCUACACAUACAGUCAUGUUUUAUGAAUUAUAGAACACAGGUUUAUUGUCUUCUGUGGGUGUAAAGAUGCAUCGAUGCAUUGUGAUAAAUUGAUUAAGGUGCAUCGAUCUGUAAUGUCAGAAUUGGUUAAAAUCUAUUAUAAUCGGGAAAAUCCUUAAAGAUGCUCUUACUUCCAGGUUGCGCACGCUCUCCUGCUGAAAUGUUGUUGAAAGGUGCACAGGGCAGUAGCCGUCACAAGAGUUUUCAAAGCAUAGGAUGUCCAGGGAAAAGCACAUUAAUAUCCAUAAAGGAAGCGUUACUCAAUCUGCGUUGUGAUGCUCUUGGAACACUCAACCCUGUUUUGUAGUGCAGAUCACUCUGUAACGGUUACAUUUUGCUUGCUACAGUAGCAAUGGUCAAAACACCUGAGGUAGCUAAGUGGGUGGCUAAGUAAAGAGUAGUUUAAUGUAUGAUAUAUCGGUUAAGAAAUCGGUAUCGGCUGAUAUGCCGAACUCUUUUAACGAAUCAGUCUGAUGUGUCAGUUUUGGCUGAUAUUGCCAGCCGUUAUUUAGACUUAAGUACAGACACUCCUCUACUUACGAACUUUCAACUUACAGACAUACGAAUGAAGAGGACUGUAAGUCCAAAUUGUGUUCGUUGGGCUCCUGUUUCCUGUCCACAACAUAAUUUUUUUUUCUGCGCUAAUUCCGCCUUAGCAGCUUAGUGUGCGUACUCCCAGCAUCCUAGUGCUUUGUACUUGUGUAUACCCUUAAAAUGAUGUUGAAUAACGACUUACGAACAUUUCAAGUUAUGAACGGCCGUUCGGAACGUAUCUCAUUCGUAAGUAGAGGAGCGUCUGUAUUCAAAGUUAGCAGCACCAGAGGUGAAGACACAACUACUAACAUAAUGGAGAUAAUUGCCCUGGAUGAUCAGCCGUUUUCUGUAAGCAUGAGGGAUUUCGUCGGCUCCUACAUCACUUAGGCCUCAACGUACCGGCCUGCAACAUGUAUAUAAUUCAUUAUUAAAUCAGACCUGGAGACUGAUCCUUCAUUUUCCAUAGGAUAAAAAAAACAACAUAGCCCUAUUCCGCUAAUCUGUGCAGGCAAGCUCAGCAAGUUUCCACAUCGGUGCACCACUAGUUAUUGUUGGUGAAAGCAGCCAAUCAAGUAGCGCUUCCUUCAUGUGUUUGGCAAUGUUUACAUUGUUUUUUUCUUCUGUACAGUUCAGUAAUUGACCUUUUUGACAAUUUGCACUGAUUUGUCACUGUUUAAUGUUCUGAUAAUCUAUUUUAUAUACCAUUCUUAAUAUGUACCUAAGUUCCCAUAGUCGUAUUUGUGAAUUUUUUUCAGUGAAGUUAAAAUAAAAAGUUCUGAAUAAGAAUAAUCAAUUAAUCGAAUUGUGGUAGAAAUGAAAGAUUUCCAAUGCAUUCAGUCCUUCUGAAAAUAAUCAUAAUUGAAUCGAAUCGCCUUGAGGCCAAAGAUUAACACCUAUAUUGUUUACAGACUUACAGUACACAUUGAAAAGUAGUCAGUGAUAUAAAACACACUCUUCCGUUCAAGUACAAUGCAUGUUGAAUUGUCUGAUGAUGAACAAAAUGUAUGGGACAUCACUUUAAUUGUUUAAAUUUAAGACAUUACCUCUCUACCAAGAUUAAAUACACAUACAGUCAUGAAAACCGAGUUAGAAUGUUUAAGAUUACAAUCAGGAUUGUUUUCUUGGAACAUGCAAGUAAAUCUCAUCUAAAUCUUCCUCUAAAUCUGUUCUACUGUAUACCUCUACUAAAUCACUGCCUUUUUCUCCAGAACAGUGUUUUUUGUCAUUGUAAUGUCAUUGCUAAACAUAAAUGGAAGGAGGAGUUCUCUGAAUAUGAAGUUAAAUUGAGGAUAUUCUUUAUUCUCUUAUGUGAUAGCCUGUGGGAGUUAUUGGUUUAAUGUAAUUAUAGGGGCCAUAAAUGAAGAUGUGUGUCUACUCACUGAUAGUUGCUUUGUGUGGGUGAAUGCUCUUCGUAUAUGUUGCAGUGCCAGCCUUGUGUUCCUCCUGGCAUCCAAGGCUGGCUUGCACAACUCCCUUGGUGCGAUGGGAGGGUGUGACUCUUCCCUCAGAUUACAACACAAGGGUGCCAUGUAGAAUUUUGGACAGAACUGGGUACUGGAACACACAGUGCAUACAGAGAUAUGCGAGGACCCUGCCGAUCGGACACACAGUGACUCUUGGCAGUGCCUGCCUACAUGCUAAACACACCAGGCAUGUAAGAAGUGAUCAAUACAGCUGAAUGGUGGGCAGACUGCGGUGGCUACAAUGAGUAGCCAUUGUUUUCAUUGACUUUGUUGACCGCAGUGCGUCUUAGUAUAUAACAUCAUAGGAUGAGGUCUUUUCCACAUCAGCAUGCAGGAAAUUCAAUUUAAAAAGCAUAAUCACUUGUCAGAGCCAGCAUAUAAUUCUGUGAUGCAUGUUUCCUGUGAUAGUUUUGAAUUUCAUUACGAUAAAUAUUAGUUAAACUAUGUCAUGCAGCAGGGUAUUUAUUAUUUUAAGUGUGCCCAGUGUAACCAUUUGCCCUCAGAUUUAGCAGCGCUGUUUACAGUUCAGUCUGCAUGGCCUGUAUCUACUCCUCCAGCUUGAGGAGAUUGUUUGAUUGAAGCUUUGGUUGAGUAAUGUUGCACUAUAAUCUUUCAUAUUAAGCAAAACCACGUUCCCCAUUCGCCUCAUCCUUUUCCAGGCCUUCACAAGUUGACCUAGGACACAGUUCCUGCUCGUACCACGGAGCGUGUGCAUUGCGCCGGCUGGAAAUGUGCCGGCGUAGAUCUUUCUUGUGUGUUUGUGCACCCGUCUGUGUCUAAGUAUGCCCCAUGAGGGCUGGUUGUAUACCUUUUCAUAUGUGUGUCGCCAUGCAUUUGUCUGUGGGCCUAGAGAUAGCAAAGCGGCCUGCAUUCCUGCCAGUUUUUGCAAGAUAAAAGGCAAGGUGUACGUCUAGUUGUUUUACUUGUAAGCUAACAGCAUGUGACUGCUUUUUUAGCUGAGGGCCAAGCAUUUGGAGGGUAAAGCAAAGUAGCAGCCCUCAGAUUUGUGGAGUACUGAAAAGCACCGUGAUCCGUGUAACACUUACAGGAAUGCCGAACUGGAUAUAGACGUCCCAUUUUUGCGCAAAUAGGCCUUCCAUAACCGCAUGUAUUUUCAGCAGGUUUUUGCACACGUUCCAGGAAGACGCGUGGCUCUCACAACGAUCAAUAUGGAGGUUAUGUAGGGGUAAGGGGGGGAUGGAUGGUAUGGUGUGGAGGAGAAGGAAAGAUGCAGUAAAAAAUCUGUGACUACUGAAAAUGAGUGCAUGCACAUGAAUAGCAUGCAGAUUACAUACUCACUACAAUAAGGCUAUUUAUAUAUUUGCAUUCAGAGACACCUCAUAGCGUGAAGUCCUGUACAGCCCUGGCGUACAGAGCUCGCAUUCUGCUUGCACGACUUACACAUUUAUAGGAACUAGGGACGUGUGCAUUUACUCACAGCCUGGGCAAAAGCAGAAAUGCUGGGGGUAGAGAACAAGGGGCAAAGUCUGCAUUCCCCAGGUAACGGCCUCCUGGACUUAGUGGCUAUGCUGAAUGUGUGCGUGCGUGUGUGCAUGUGUGUCUGUAUGUCUGUGUGUGGUGUCACUCACACACAUUCAUUCAUUGCCAUUUAUUGUCACACAUUCUACAGAAAGGACUAGAGGUAAUAACGUAUUGCUGUACAAUUUCUGAACUUUGAUGAAGCAGGCAAGAGAUUAAAUGUAUUCAGUUUUUUCUUAUUGCGGAUCAUAUUCUCAUAUAUUUUGAAUAUGGCCUUUGUUCUGUGCUAAAUUUGACAGUUAUAUGCUUGGAAUCUGAAAAGGGCCAUGAUUUUUGAAAAUGCCUUUUUUGAAGUAAUAUGAAUUCUUUAAUAAUAAUCUGGCGUACCUUUUUUUAUGGUGGCUGUCUUUCAAAGCUCAUAGGUUUGAAUUCUUUAGUGAGCACACUAUAAUAUCGCCGUUGGACCCUGACUUCUCCAGCGGUGCCGGCUGGGCCUGUGCUCUGACCCCAAAACCUUCUUACACCUGUGCAUAUAUUUGUGUCUGUGACAGAGAGCGAUGAACGAAGCAUUCUGUUAUAAUGAAAAAUAUAAAUUUAUGGCAGCAGUCAUUCCCUGCACCGUGGUGCUCCAAUAAAGAUUACUGGGUUUCAUCCUCUUUGUAUUCAUUCGGACGUGUCAGCAAAUGCUAUUUUAGAAUCAUAGCAUCGGUAAAAUGUAUUGCCUUCCCCCCUUGUUUAUUUUGUGUCCCCCCUUCCCUUCAAGCCAUCCUUUUCUGUUAUCUAGGGUACAUUUCUUGCUCAACCUCCAUUCAUCAAAGCCUGCAGCACAGAGUGUGUGCCCUCCUUGGCUCUUUGUAUUCUUAUCCACGCCAUUUUGAGCCGAGGUUCUCUGACUGGCGUGCUCAAGGCCUAUAUCACUGGUGUACCUGGUCACUGUGUCCUGCAUUGCAGAAUGUUGUCUGACAUUUUGAGAUAAUGGAGAUGUUGGAGCGAGAGUCUGCUCUCAGUCUCCUUCUCUCUCUCUCUCUCUCUCUCUCGCACUGUCAUUGUCCGGCCUUUCCGUACUUGACAUUUGUUCGCCGUUUUCCUGUCUUCCAGCUGGCCCACUGGCAGCCUGCCGAAAGUCACAGAUCCAGGGAAGUGCUGAAGUGGCUGGAGGUGUACAGCCGGAGCAGGUGCCAGCCCCGGGAGACCCUAGUGGAGGUCUGGAGGGAGUUCCCAUGGGAGACGCAGCACCUCUUCCUGCCCUCCUGCGUAGUGCUGCACCGCUGCGGUGGAUGCUGCUCCGACGAGACUCUGGAGUGUGUGCCCUUGCACACCUACACGCUCACCAUGGAGCUGAUGAAGACCACAUACACAAAGCAUGAACUGGUGCAGAUGCCAUUCACCGAGCACAGCCAGUGUGAGUGCAGACUAAAAAAAGACCUUCACACUGUCCCUACCAGACAGGAACAGAGCCCAACAAGGAAAGGGGGAAAGAGAGAAAGAGACAAAUCCAAGCUAAAGAAAAUUGGAGAGAUCAAACCAUCCCUCCCCCCUCCGACCACGGAGCCACAGUGUACGCCCUGUUCUGGGAGAAGGCGGGUGCUGGACCCUCUGACUUGCCAGUGUCACUGCAGCCAAACCUCGGACAGCUGCAGGCGACGAGGAAAGCGGCUUAACCAGCAGAACUGCAGAUGCGAGUCUCUGCGACGGUGAUGAGCUGAAAUUGUGUCUCCCAGCCACAGUGGAAAUAAAGGAGUCCAGCCUACAAAAUAAUCAUGUGACGUGAUGGAGAUGAAACGGCGAGAUCAGGGGAAACCCGAAAGGACCAUUAAGGUGGACGGAGUGCGUGCUUAAACAAACAAGUCACACAAACCUCCCCUAACCCAACCACCUUGAAGCCACCACAGCAAGUAGUCUUAAAUAAAUAUAUAUGUGUGUGUUAUCAAGUCUCAUCAUAAAGCUUUUCUGAAAACUGCUGCCAGACCGGAUCAUGUUGCCAUGGCACCCCUUCCCUUAAUGGUAUAAUUAGAAAUGCUUUACAGGCAAAGUUCGGAAAGGUCUGGGGAACAGAAUGGUGGACAUGUGGUUCGACGGAACACACGUUCAUAUGUCUUGAAACCUUUCAUGUUAUGUCAUGGAUCUUCAUGCAAACGUCGACCUGGGGGAUACUACUCAGAUCUGUUUGUAAGGCAUAUCGAUCUGUUUGGAGUACAGUAGGUGCCACGGGCUCAUGUAUAACUAAUGCUGCUCUUUAACAGGUCAGGACAGGUAGAAUAGCCCUUGUAAAUCACAGUCCUGAAACUGGAGUCCAUAUAAAGAAUCACUUGCCAAAUACCUUAAGUCACGUCAUCAGAAUUCAAAGCCAUUUUAGAGCAAUCCUACAUGGUCAUUUCCUGUUCUCGCUCGAAAAGGAAGGCAAGGUUGCUGAUGUCCUCUCCCAAUCUGAAGGAGUGAAUCAGAGAAAAACAUGACCACUGAAUAACGGCAAUGAUGUGCUUGGUGAACAGGCAAAAAGUGGAGAGGAAUUAAAUGUGUGGGUUUGCACAGAGAAAGACUGAAGUUUGCAGAAUUUGACUAGCCUGAUGUCGGGGGAACACCCUACAAUACGGGGGAACACCCUACAAUACGGGGGAACACCCUACAGCACAUGGUUGGUAUCACACACUGGUACAGGGUGCAGGAAGACUGGCAUCUUGUGCCUGCAAACCGAUUGACAAUCGUUUGUCAAAUUAUGGCAAUGGUCUGAGGGAAUGGAUAAUCCGAGGAAAAGUGAUGUGGGCAGAGCACAAAGCUCAAUAUGGUGAAAACAGAGUUUUGAUGAAAAUUAAUAAUGACCUCAAUAUUGUAUCACCAUACAAUGAAUAAAUCCGCACAUAUGGGCACAUAUUGUUAAAAUGAUCAGGUUUCCUUUUUUUCUGAGGAAUCAAUUUUAUUAAAGUGACCAAAUUUAAAAUGACAUCUACAUGAUCCCCACAUGGCUGUCAUUAAUAACGUGUGUGUGUGUCUCUCUCUCUGUUCAGUAUGUGCAUCCAUCAGCCGGCCACAGACUCUGUCAAUGAAUCUUUAUUUUUCCUGUUGGGUUGUUGGUUUUGUUUUUGUCUGAUUCCUUUUCUUUUCCUGACUGAAAGGGCCUUUAACUUGGUCGGGCAGUGCUAGGAAUGCCAAUAGUGAAGAGUAUUGGCUUUCUUCCACAGGACCACACACAAGCAGACUUAAACACAUACUUUUUUUUUUUUUUUUUUAAUGUCAUUUUGUAAUUAACACCAUUGCCUUUGUUUUUUAGUUUCGCACAACCUAAUCCAUCUUGAAAUAUAUUAGAUAAUGUUAGGCACUUUAAAUGGCGCACACACACACACACAAAUAAACACAAUGGUUAAAUACAGAAUUAUAUCCCCAGAACUUGUCCAGCGAUUCUGAAACACUGUGAUGCAAAUAAAUUCUGAACACGCAUACAUAUACACAGGUAACAAUAAGCUUUUUGUUGUUGUUAAAAUUGAGUAAAAUAUAUUUUAGAUACCGAUAUAUAUUCCUUGUCAGAUGUUUAGUUGUUUUUUAUGCCAUUAUGCCUAUGUUAAGAUAUAUAUUUGCAAUGCCUUCACUGUGUUCAUGUUAAAAAAGCUGCCUUUUUUUUUAAAAUGUAAUGUUUCUUUUGUGUUAUAGUAUUUUCUGUUUGUUUGUUGUGUUCCUGCCUCUUAGAAGCACUCGGAUUGGCUGGUUAUUUCACAAAAUGGUGCCUGCAGAGUAUGUCUGUGUGUCUGUGCCGAAGACGAGGUGCGUGUGCUGAAAGAAAGAAAUAUAUUCCUAUGAACCUCUCAACUGAUUUUGUCUUGGAACAUAAAAGUGAAACACCACACACACACACACACACACACACACACACAUGCACACACACGCGCACACAUGCACACACACGCGCACACAUGAAAACACAAUGAAAUGGAGACUGAGAAGAAGCCAUUAGUCCUUUCAGUUUUGUUCUUUAUCUUGUAGAUUCUAUAAGAUGGAGCACCAGAUUUUGGUGGAACCUACACCAGCAUCCUAAGUCAUUUGAAAGGUGUUUCUCUGAUUGGGCAGAGAAGCUGCAAAUUUGUAGUAAAAUCACUCAGCCUGUGUAAUGAUGCAUUAUCAGUGAGUGUUUCAGAAUGAUCAGCAGACCCGGGUGAUGAGGAAGGGUCUUCUUUUGUGUGCAUAGCCAUGAAAUUCAAUGAAUUUAAAACUAAAUCACUCAAACCAAGUGUAGCCAAGACAGGACUCAGGGAGAAGGUAAUUACAUGUUUUAGGAAAUGGGUUUAGGCAAACACUUUUACCUACACUCUUUUGUAAAUUGUAAAAUGUAUAAAAGGAGUGACACCCCCACCCCACACAGACAACCGUCCCCACCAAAGUUGUGUAUCUAAUUAGACUCAUUCUGUGCAUUGAGCGGAACUUUUUAAAUGGAAAUGAAGGACGGAAUUGUGUAGCAUGGCAAUGGAUCUUCCAAGUUAAGCCUCAGAAUUAGUGGCAGAUGUAGUAAAUCUUUAUUGACAUGCGCUGCAUCAAAAUACUUAUUUGCUGCUUGAUGAAAAGCUUUAAGCCAGCUAACACUGAUUAUACCUUUUUUGAGCCAAAAUGAAACAAAGAUAUCACAUAUAUUUUUUUUCAAAUUUAAGUUCCAGCGUUCCUCUGGUUUAAAUCCACACAGGACAAUGGACUUUGGAACUAAACUAAAUAUUGCUCCAUACUGCUGCUUUUUUGUGUUGUUUAAUUUUUAUUUUUUUUUAUUUUUACGGCAUUUUGUAUUUCAGACCUCAGUCAAGUGACUAGGUAAACUGAGCAAUAAUUAAUGUGGUCCUGGUGUUCAGUAACUUUUCUUCAAAAAGGCCCAAAAUGUCACCUUUAAUAUGUUCUGUAACAAAGAAAAAAGAACAUUGGCCUUCGAAAUGUUCUUAGUGUAUUAUCUUCUCAUCUAGAUCAGUUAAGUCUUUUGUUUUGCGUUCCUUAUUACCUCAAAUUGUGUAACCUUAGACCUUAGAUCUUUUCAAUUGUACCAGUAUUCAGGCCUUAAUCGCUUCUGUUCAUGUCUUCCUGUUUCUUAUUCCCUGCUCGUUGCUUGUGCUUCUCACUGGACCCUGCCCUGUCACCCGGGGGUAGCCUAUCAGGAGAAUAUACAAAGGACGCCGUUUUGUGCCAUCAGCGUAACGCAGUUUCUCCUGCCGCAUAAUAAUUCAUUCACUUGGCUGAAGUUCUCAUCCCAUGUCUGGAGCCCAUUUUAGUGGCUGGGUUGAGAAAGAGAGAAGGGCCUUUGCUGAAAGGCAGCACUACAGGGUCCCAGUUCAGAGUUCACAGCCUUCAUUUCCACAGAGGGAAAAAGGACAAAUAUAAUAGCCACCCACUUUCCAAGACAGCUUUUUUUUAAAUGGAUUUUGUACCAAUUUUGAGAUGGAUGAAACACCCAUAUUUAUUACAUUAUUAUUUAUUUGCCCUCAUCAUUUUUUAAAAGAGUAUUUGUGUGUAUUUAACAAACCUUUCGUCCAGUUAGCAUUUUCGGACUGAUUUGUGUGUGAUGAGCAGAAAUACAUCAUGGAAGGUGUAGGAUGAGUGCCACAUUAAGGGGUCUUUCAAUCAGGCUGACUUGUACUGUACUGUAGAUUCCACAGUGGUACGUCCACACUUAUGCAAGUAGCCCAUUAGAAUGCAAUGUUUGGUGUCUGUACCUCUAGCUUAGACACUAGGUCGCUUAUGAUGUACUCUCUGUCAGGUGACAUGAGACCUCCGUUGUCUGUUAAUGUAAAACCAUUGUGGGGACAUUUUUAGAGAGUCAGUGUAUAGCAGAUGAGACUUUCUCCAAAGAGUAUAUCAGCGCCUCCUACUAGUUGCAACAUGCUUAGAUUGUACAAAAGCAAUAUUGGGGAAGGGUUAGCAAAUGUAGCACAGACUUAUAUAAUUACAAUAUGGAUAUAGUAGUUUAAUGCAUUCAUACCACCUUAAAUAUAAAUACUGUAUAUGACAUCUCCAACAUUUAAUCAAAUGUGUAGUCUGCAGUUCCACCUAAGAGAAUCUGGGUGAAAUAUAAAAUUGCUCUACAAUGUGGACCUUUAUUGUCAGUCCUGGUUUUGGAGUGUAGAGUAGAACUAAAUGUGUGUCACAUCCUAAUUGUCAAAUCAAAUCCAAAACCCCCAUACAAAUAAUACAAUAUACAGCAUAAAAUAUAUACAGUAAAAUAUACAGCAUAUGUGUGUAUAAUGAUGAUAAUUAUUAUUGCUGCUACACCAUCUGUGCCCUAUUUAUUGUCUGUGCAAGUGUGCAAAAGUGUGUAUUUCUCAGUCAUGUUAUAUAUUGGUGGUAACAAUAUUAAUCACUUCAUUGUAAAUGUGAAAAAGAAUAUCAUUAAUUAUGUCGAUAGGGGAUGAACCGUGCUGUUAACAGUAACCAUAAUACAAUGUUCAAGUCAUUAAAGGAAAACAGCUUAUUUUUGAAAAA